CAGGAACAAGCGAGAGAGCGAGCUGAUCUCUAACCCUGAGCAUACAUUUUGAUUUGAUCGAUAUGGUGGACGCCGGGGCGGCGAGGAGGGCCAUGCAGUUCCGCAUGCCGCGGCGCCCGAGGGCGGACGCGGCGUCGGCAGCGGCGAGCGGUGGCGGCGGGCGGAGGAAGAGGAUGGCGGUGGCGAGGCUGGGCGGCGAGGGAGGCGGCCGCGGCGGAUCGGCUGAGAGCCGGCGGAGGCUCUUCGGGGCGCUGCGGCGGGUGCGGGUGCGGUGGCUGGCGGCGCUGUACCGGAGGACGCUGCGGCGGCUGCGCGCGAGCUACGCCAGGGCCCUCCGCGAGCUAGUCGAGGGCAGGGCGCUCCUGGGCGCGCUCAACGCGCCCCCCGGCGUCGAAUGCUCCCGCGCCGCGUCGUUCGGGCCGAUGGCCACCGUCGGCUUCUGAGGUCUGGUCGACCUA